GGACCUGAACGCAGCAUCUGGCCAGGGGCGGGUAGGCGCUAACCGUGCAGUAUGGCGGACGAUGGAGAUAGUUCGAGCGGACCAGUUGACACAAGCGGCGGGCAGGGGUCAGCGGAUGAGUCGGACGGGCUCGGCCUCGGCGCAAUGUUGCUGAAUAUCAGUAUUUUAGUUGUGGUUGUGGCGGUCUGUCUGGUGGUGUACCGGCGGUGGGGCAGGAGGCUCGUCUCUGCCGCGGCCCAGGGCGACGAGGCCUCGGCGCUUCCCAAGAUGAGGAGACGGGACUUCUCGCUGGAGCAGUUGCGGGAGUACGACGGACUCCAGAACCCCCGCAUCCUGAUGGCUGUCAACAUGAAAGUUUUCGACGUGACCAGCGGCAAAAAGUUUUACGGGAAAGAUGGUCCUUACGGCAUUUUCGCUGGCCGGGACGGUUCGAGAGGCCUGGCCACCUUCUGCCUGGAGAAAGACGCCCUGCGGGACGAGUACGACGACUUGUCGGACCUGAACGCUGUACAGAUGGAGAGCGUGAGGGAGUGGGAGAUGCAGUUUAUGGAAAAAUAUGAUUACGUGGGGAGGUUGCUGAAGCCCGGGGACGAGCCGUCGGAGUACACGGACGAGGAGGACAUCAAGGACCACCUGAAGCACGACUGAGGCGCUUCCAUCACACCGACCAAAGCCAGGAGCCCCAAACAGCUGCGACAGACCUCCUCCUCCUCCUCCUCCUCCUCCUCCUCCUCACGCCGCAUCAAUCUACCCGCCACGCCUCUUCUCCUGCCUCUCACUCCCCCACCCUCCCUGAAUCUGUCCGGUGAGCCGUGGCUGUUCUGGAAAGGGGCAGGACUCAAGUCUCGACGCCCAGACCUCCCUCCCUCUUCAUCCUGCCAAGAGGAAGCGAUUGAAAAACCUUAAAUGAGGGCUUUAUUAUAUAUUUUUUUUUCUUUAUUUUUUUUAAUGACAGAAAACAUGUCUGUGGGGGAGAGGAGCGGAGCGUGGUGGUGGGGGGGGGGUUGUGCCAUUAGAUGUAUUUGAAAAAAAAACACACAAGAUUUUAGUCAUUUCUUCAGGUUGGGGAAACGCGUGGUCAGAGGUAGAGAAACACAUUGGUCCAAGACGAUCGCGGAAAACCAUUUUCUCUCUCUCUCUCUCUCUCUCUCUCUCUCUCUCUUUUUUAUCUCUUGGUUUAGUCACGUUGUACCUGAAACUGCUUCAGCUUCGGACAGCUUUGUCAAUCAAUCUUUGUGUUCAGAUAAUUCUCCCCCCUUGUUGAGAGGGCAGCGCUGCGGCCUAAGAACCAGUGCUGUGGAAAUUGGCAGGGUGUUGCAUUUUCCUGUUGUGUUUGUAGUGUAUGCACUACUAGUUCUCUUUGUUUGUCACCAUGUGAUUGUAUUUGUUGAGUAGCAUUGAGUGAGGGAGGGACAUUCUUUUUUUUUUCUUUAAUUUUUUUUCUUCUUUUUUCUUCUUUUUGGAUGGGGCUGGGUGGGUGGGGGUUUAAAAGGUCUUUGCCAUAUGAAACCUGUUUUUGAAUCACAUCAGACGGACUGAAUCACUGAUCGGGAAUACAAAGGGAAGGUGACAAGGCAGUCCUAAUCAAUCGACGCAAUUGUUUACACGCCUCACAAGCCAGCUGCAAGUCUGUAGAUUCCCCUGAAAAAUGGUCCAAGUAUUAAUCGUGCCUUAUUUAGUUUGUUGUCAGUCCUGACCGUUCUAACGGAGGAGGUAAGCGGAGGGAUGGAGGUGUCAGGGUUUUUUUUUUCUUCGUUUUUUUCUUCCCUAGACUCGGUCCCCCAGACUUUUAAGAAGGCGUACGUUCUGUCAGUCGUCCACACACAGACUGUAAUAUUUCCCCCACUUCACAAACUUUGUAAAUAGAUCGUAUGAAUUACUCAGUGUUACUGCCAUAUUUAUGUAGUUGAUGAACUCCAUAUAUGUAUAAUGCUAUGUCGUAUUGGCCAAAACCCCCAUGGUUUUUUUUUUUUUUU